AUGUCUGACCACAGUGCAGAGUCCCAAGACGCUUCACCCAAGGAGAUGGAACCUGAGAAAACCGAGACCGGGCACCAAGCUCAGUCCUCCGUCGGUAUCUCAUACAAGAACCGUUUACAAGAGUACACACAACGGUCAUGCUUACCGCUUCCAAUAUAUGAUACUAUCAAUGAAGGAGAACAUCAUUUACCAAAGUUUAGAUCCACAGUGUUGGUAGAUGGAUCAUACUGUACCUCUCCCAACAUAUUUUCACAUAGAAAGGAGGCGGAACAGGAUGUUGCCAGGGUUGCCUUGCUUGAUAUAUCACAAAAGAUAAAGGAUGGAGGAUGUCCUUUUAUUCGUGAGGAUACAGUCUUUUGCAAGUCUAUCCUGAAUGAAUAUGCUAUCAAGUUGAGUCUGGAAAAACCCACAUAUGAAACAACUCAAUCGAAGGGAUUGAUUCCAGCUUUUGUAUCCUGUUCGGUUUUCAAUGGUAUUACAUACACUGGAGAAACUGGCAGAAACAAGAAAGAGGCUGAACAAUUGGCAGCACGUGCUGUUAUCUUAUCAGUUUUAGAUUCUGAUUCUAGAACCGUUAUGUCCGAGAUAAUUAAUUCCAAACACAAGCUUUAUGCUGCAUUGAAUAAAGUUAAGGAGACACACAAUGUUCACAAUGGCAUUACUCCUGAUGGAAUGAACACAGGAAAUGGUCUUGGCAUCCCCUUGAGCAAAAGAAAAGAAGUUGAAGCUACUGGGGGUACUAAUAACAUGCCUAUUACUGCAGUUUCUGAGCCUUGCUUGGGACAAAAUACUAUUAUUCCUGCAGCACAUCCACCUUUCCAUCAAUUUAAGAGACCUAAAUUAGAAUCCUCAUCGGAGGCGACACCUACCCCAAUCCAAUUUGUGCCUCCAGUUUUGGAGCAGCCUCUGCUUGGUGAUUCAACAACUGAUAGGAAGCGAAAUCGUAGAAACAAGAAGAAAGCUAAAAAGAACGAGCACGAUAAUGCUCAUGGUAAAGGUGAGGCUGUUAAGGAGCAAAAUGCCAUGCUUGAAUGA